GCCACGCCUCGCCUCGCCUCGCCUCGUGCUCGCCCUUUGCUCCUCGACCGCGCCGGCAGCCGCCAUGGAAGGAGGAGAGCGGCCGUGGGGGCACCCGCACAGACGCCACAAACGCCCUCAUGCCCAGAUGGCCCAAGAGGGCUCUGCCUCGCCCGCCUGGAGACUGCAAUCCCUCGCCGGCACGCACGACGCUCCGCCCGCCGCACAUGACGGCCCACGCCCAGGACCCGCUGACGACGACGACGACAACCUCGAAGACCUCGAUGAAGACGACCACCGCCACAUCCCGCAUACCUACCGGCCCGUCCACCCGCCCCGGAGAAUGUCUGCCUUUGAGUCUGCCCUGCGCGCAGCCCGCUCGCCCGCCGGUCGUGCCUCGUCACGCUCCAGUAGGCUACAUCGCCGCCUGCCCAGGAUAAGCCACGUGACUGCCCGCUAUCCAGGAGACGGCUUCGACUUCCGGCGCCCGGCAGGGUCGUCGAGGGAACGCAACGUGCGGCCGGUCGAUCUGACAGGCGAAGACGAGGACGCGGCCGUCGAUCUGAGCGGCGACAACGACCACGACCACGACCACGACCACAACCACAACAAUGACAACAACAAUGACAACAACAAUGGUGACAACAAUGACAACAACAAUGGUAACAACAAUGAUAACAGCAAUGGCAACGACGAGUUCGUCAUCGACCUGACCGCCGACGAUUCUGGAUACGGAGCUAGCCAGGACGAACACAACGGCAGACAACAACACGCCCAUGCCGACCAGCAUGACCCGGGUCGUGGUCGUGCAAACCACGGAGCGCCCCGCUUACCGCGGGGCAUGGACAUCAUCAUUGACCUCGACAAUGGAGAGGAAGAGUGGAGGAUGGCCACGCCGGCUCCAGAACCAAGUUCCCCUGACAUUGAAUUCAUUUCGUCUCGCACAAUCGACCCCAGACGCCUGCCGCGUCCGAAUCAGGCUGGCAACACCUCCGACGGCGACGAGGUCGAGUUUCUACGCGAGAACGCCCUACCAGAAGCUGAAAUCCGGCGCCGCAGGAAUCGCGAGUUGGACAAUGUCUUGAAUCUUUUUGGCACGCUCAACGGCCGCUUCACACAUCUGCGAGCCCAAGUCGACCGCUUCAAUACCCAAAUCAACCGCACUGCGGGGCGCUUUCACGAGCCCAUCCCCCCCACCCGCAAUCCAUCGCGAGGUCAUGCGCAUAUCCGCUUGGGUGCGUUUGUUGCACCCGUCAUGGACUUUAAUACCAUAGGCUUUGAUCUCGGCUCGCGAACACGUGAGCCGCCAGCGCCCCCGCCGACAUACGACGCACCGCCAAAAGCACCAGAGGGCUUCACAAGAAGUCCGGAAGAGGAGGGCGCGCUUGUCUGUCCCAACUGCGAAGAAGAAUUGUGUGUCGGCAGCGAUGAGGUCAAGAGACAAGUGUGGAUUGUCAAAGGCUGUGGUCAUGUCUAUUGCGGCGAAUGCACCGCCAACCGAGCUGCGAAGCGCAGUGCCAAGGGCAAGGAAAGACCGGCCAGUACUAAUCCGUUCAAGACGUGUGUCGUCGAAGGCUGCGACAAGAACGUAUCGAACAAAAAGAGCAUGAUUCAAGUCUUUCUCUAGUGGUCCGAGGCCCUACACCUCAAGGACAUGUGUACAUGCUUUGCGGCUUCCAAGCUCAUCUCCCGCCUCCCGGGCUUUCUCCUUUCGCCUUUUUUUUCUGCUUGGGAUGUUCCAGCGAUACCCAGGAUUGCGUCUUCUGUUUUCUUUCCAUGUGCAUUCACCGAUAUCUAUCUCAAGGUUUAUAUAAUGGCGUUUUCCCAAGUCUGUUGCAUUUGCAUGGUUUGGCGUUCAGGCGGAGUCUACUGUAGCAGGCUGUUCUCCAAUGUCAUAGCAUGCUGCGCGAGCCCCGGAUGUUUGUUUUCGUCUUGCAGUGUUCGAGUGCUGUUCGGAAAGCAUGGAAUUUCAUCAAAAGGGCACAUGGGAGUCGACGGGAGCAAAACUGUAGCCAUGUG